AUGCUGAGUCUUCGCGUACGCGUAGAAACGUCAGGCGAUUCCACAGGACACGUUACGGGAGUAGGCGGCAGCGCAACGACGGACAAUGUAGGCCCCGUAAAUCAUUUACUUCAUUCCAUCUUCAAUCAGAUCGACGUGUAUUUCAAUCAAAAGCUCGUAUCGCCGCCAAACAACGCUUACGCGUACCGCGCCUACAUCGAGGCGUUGUUAAAUUAUUCUUCACCGGCAAAAACUUCCCAUCUAACCUCAUGUCUAUGGGACGCGGAUACUCCCGGACGAAUGGACGAACCGGUGGAAUCAAAAACGGCAAAUUCCGCUCUCGUGAGACGCGCUCAUUACAUACGAGGAGGACGGGCUCUAGAUCUUAUAGGCCAUCUCCAUUGUGAUGUUUUCAAUCAGGACAAAUUUUUAAUUAACGGUGUAGAAGUACGUUUGAGGCUCGUUCGUUUGAAAGAUUCGUUCUGUCUUAUGGAUAGUAACGGUGCGUCGUCAAAAAUUCAUAUACUGGAUGCGAGUCUGCUAGUGAGAAGAGCGAAGAUAAGCGCCGGAUUAUUGCUCGCACAUGCAAGAAUGCUGAGUAAAGUUACGGCCAAAUAUCCGCUCACGAGGGUCGAGGUUAAAACAUUCACGAUCCAUAGCGGUGUUGUGGGCGAAUCGUUAGAUAAUGUAAUACUUGGUCAACUUCCGAAAAGAAUAAUAGUCGAAGAAUCGCUUUACGUCGAGGCUUAUCAAACGCUCUUCACGGGAACAGGUAUUCAUUUUUUGAAUGAAGGAAAUUCUAUAAGCAGAGAUGAUUAUUCAAAGGGCUAUACGCUAUUCGCUUUUGAUCUUACGCCCGACUUAUCGGCUAAUUAUGCAGGACAUUGGAAUCUUGUGAAACAUGGUAGUUUACGAUUAGAAGUGCGAUUUGAGAAGGCACUCACCGAGACCGUUAACUGUAUUAUUUACGCAGAGUUUGAUAAUGUCAUAGAAAUUGACUCAUCCCGGCAAGUCAUUGUCGAUUUUGCCGGUUAG